AGUACGAUCCAUGUCAGGUGGCCAUGCCCUCCGUGCAGGUCCAGCCCAGAGCCUCAGCCCCCUGGUCUCACCCUCUGAGGGGGGAGAGCUGUGUGGUGUCCCCCUCUCUCCCCCCUCCUCCUCCUCCGGCCCCUGUCUGGAUGGCCUGGAGCCCCCCUCUCCUUCCCCCUGUGCCCCCCCUAAGGACCCCCUCAAAGACAAGCCCAGCCUGGCAGAGUUCCUGCCCGUUCUGACCCAGGGAUGGGCCGAGAUCUUCAUACGCAGACCCUCAGGUAACACCAGCUGGUUGAUGUGUCUGGAGAACCCUCCCAGUCCCUUCUCCUCUGAGCUGGGUAACAUGCCUCUCCAGGAGCUGUCCUCUGUCCUCAUGGCCAUGGAGGGGUCAAGGAGCCCCCCACUCAGACUGCCAGCGCCCCGCCAGCACACAGCCACCCCUGCCCCGACUCCCGUAGCCCUAACCCCUGGACCCAUCCAAGGGGCAAGCCUGGACUCAUUCAGCGCUCUAACACAGA